GCCGUCUUUCUCACGGCAUAAUUCCAUUAAUCAUCUCUUCCAAAUUUCUCUCUUCUUCUUCCUCUGUUUACAGUUCCGCCAUGGGUUUCCCUGCAAGCUACACUGAGCUUCUUCUUCCCAAGCUCUUCAUUCAUGUACUCUCCUUCCUCGGUUUCCUCAGAAAGCUGAUCUCCCUCCUCUUCCGCCUCUUGGGUCUCCAAGAUUUCCUCGAACCCGACAUUCCUUGGCCCAAUCACCCCGAUUCCUUCCCCACCGGACCCUUCACCGACCUCGACCCUCUCUCCGCCGCCGUUCUCCGUGAGAUUCUCCCCGUCGUCAAGUUUUCCGAGCUUUUGGAUCCACCGGAGAGCUGCGCUGUGUGUCUCUACGAGUUCGAGGCCGACGAUGAGAUCCGCCGCCUCGCUAACUGUCGCCACAUCUUCCACCGCGGAUGUCUCGAUCGGUGGAUCGGUUACGGUCAGAGAACCUGCCCGCUGUGCCGGACGGUGUUUAUUCCUCCCGAUUUGCGGAGUGGUGGUUGUAAUUUUGACGAUAGGCUUUGGGAGGAUUCGGAAAUCUUUGAAGCUCUCCACACCGAUUCUUCUUCUUCUUCUUCUUCAAGUCUUCUCUCCGCUGGUUUGUAGCUUUUGGAGAUUUGAUUGAUUUUUCUUUUUGUUGAUUUUGCUGCUCUGCCUCUCAUCAAUCGAUAUCGGAAAAACAUAAAUAAAAUAAGGGGAAACAGAGAUGAGAGAUGGAGAUGAUUGAGUUUGAUGGGGAGGGAAUAUGUUUGUUGUUCUUCUCUGUACAUACCAAAAAAAAAAAAAAAAAACGUUCCUAAAAGGAACUGGAAAAUCAAAAUCAAAAUCAAAUCAAAUCAAAAUCAAUUACAGGUCUCAGAAUUAGUUCAU